AUAAUAUGAAGAGUUUGAUCCUCUCACAUUGUUCUGUUCGGGCCUGAGUUAUAUAAAAGGAAUACGAGCGCUAUACUGUACACUAAGUUUCAAAAUCAGCUAAGAGGUUAAAACAAGAUGGGCUUAACAACUCUGAAGUUGUUGAUAGUACUGUACUCUCUUGUUUUGCUAAUGGUCAUUGCAGCACCAACAAAUGAUGAACUUGAUUUAGAACCAUCACCUACGUUAUGGAUUGCUCGCCAAUGGAGUCAAGGUGAGAGUGGAUAUCCAGGAUCAUACUAUUCACCUAGCUAUCAACACCCCUAUCCAUAUCAACCACCAAAUCCAAGUUAUAGUGGUUGGGGACCAAAUAGACCACCCAGACCGCCACCUCCACCAGGUUAUUUGCCUAAUAGCAAUCCAAAUCCUCAAAUAGAUUAUUCAAAUUAUGGAGUACAUGGUGGGCAUGGUUUUGGUAGUUAUGGAAAUUAUAAGUAAUUUAAUAAAGUAACACAAAUGUUUAAGUCGUUAAGUUCAAAGAAUUAAAAUUUAAUUUAACAGUAAAAAAAUGUGAUAAUGUACAAAUAAGUUCUUAAUAGUUCAUCAAUAAAUAGCCUAUUUUAUAAUAUAUUUUUAUAUAAAAAAAAUUAACAAUAUUUUUGUUAACAAGUUAUAUACUUGUAAAAGUGUUUCUCAAUUGAUUUCCUUAAAAAUAUAAAUAUGUAUCAACAAUUUUAUCCUAAACAAUAAUUAAGUUUUUUUUCUUUUUGAGUUUUCUUUGUUUAUAUGCAUUAAUUAAAUAGAACGUUUAAUAAUUGAACCUGUUAUUUUAAUCUUCUAUUAAUAAAUAUAACAAAAUUAUAGUUAAAAUAAUACAUUCACUGCAAUGUAGUGACAAUAUAGAAUCAUCAUUUGAGAAACACUAUAUUUUUCAACAAAAUGUUUAGUUUCUUAUAGUAUAAGAAUAAUUUUAUGAAAACAUUAGAAAAUUGUAUAUUAUAUUAUACAAUUUUUAAAUACAUGAAAAAUAGUAUCAAAACAUAAUGAAUUACAUAUUGACUAGCAUUCAGUAAGUACAGAAAUAAUUAAAAAAUUCCAAUAUAGAAAUAAAUCUCAAUUAACAAAAUUCUUACCUACAUUAGCAUAAAUUGAAAUGUAAAAAAUAACACAUUGAACUAAAAAUUUCUUUUCUGUUCAAUGAACAAUAAAGAUUAAAACUGUCUCUUAAAUUAAUCACUUUUAUAUGUUUAAGUAAUUAUAAAAAAUUGUAAAACAAGUAAGUAGGAAUUCUUAUUAAUUAUACUUAUUAAAUUUUAGCCAAUUUUUUUUUAUAAUAAAGAGUUCGGAAUGCAUUAAAAAAUUUUGAUUUGAAUAUAUUGAUAUUUUUUUAAAUUUAAAUAUAGUUUUUAAAAAUACUUAUAUCACAAGAAAAUAUAUUAAUAGGUUAUGGUAUACUUUUUUGAUAAAAAGAAAUUUAUUUAUUAAAACUUUCAUGGUAGAAGAAACUGUUAACUUUAUUUCCUUUCUAAAGAGCAAAGCAUUUUUUACUUGAUUUUGAUAAAUAGAGUUUAUGAUUUUGUUUUAAAUAUAUAUUAAAAUGAGAUAUUACUUACUGAGUACAAAAUUAUUCCGAACGCUUCAUU